AUGCUCCGACGAGCCUUUUAUACCAGCGUCUCCUCGAUAUCAUCAGUAGCCGCUUCCCAUCCUCGACCGGUGCUCCGUUCGCUCGCUCUCGCGACCAGAAUGCUCUCGACCACCACCUCCACAGCCGCUCCCAAGAUCACUCAAGACUCGUGGCGACUGCCCGAACGUACCUACGAAGAGCCCGUAUUGAAGGUGUACAAUUCGUUGACCCGCACAAAGGUGCGUUCACUUGCACUAGGAUGCAGCCUGCGCCCGGCCCGACCGCACACGUGGAGCUGACCUUGGCGAUGGCGAUGAUCAGGUCGAAUUCAUCACCAAGAAACCUGGCGUCGUCACCUGGUACAACUGCGGUCCUACGGUCUAUGAUGCGAGUCAUAUGGGACACGCGAGGUGGGUUCCUCGAGAGCUGAGAACGCCGCUACGUGGAAGGAGCUAGGCAGCUGAGAUGGAUUCUCUACGUUCGGCGUGGGCUGUGACAGGAACUACCUCGCGCAGGACAUCAUGAGGAGGAUCCUGCGCGAUUAUUUCGGCUACGAGGUCAAUUUCGUGAUGAACAUCACUGAUGUCGAUGACAAGGUCAGUCCGGCAGGUCCGGGGUAGAAGCAACCGAGCUCAGGCUAAUAAUACCUUCGGCCCCACUCCCCCUGUCUGCGCGUCUGUCUGUGCGUAGAUCAUCCUCCGAGCCCGCCAAUCCCACCUCUUGAGCCAAUACACCUCCCAACACACCUCCCUGACCUCCCAACUCGUUCAAGACAACCAAACGGCCUGGACCACCUACUUCUACAAAGCCCUUUCACCCGCACUCGACAACCCGACCCCUCCUUCCACUCCAACCUUCCAAGACGCUCAAUCCGCUUGGUCCGAAAUCGAAUCCAAGCUCGAGGAUGCCAGAUGGGUCCAAGAGCAAAAAGGCAGGGAUGAGAAGUUUGGGAUGCAUGUCGCGGCUUUGGAAACUGGGUUGAAAGGCUUGAGUCUGGCCGAGGCAGAGUUGAGGGAAGGGAAAAACGGGAAGGAAGAGGCGAGGGGGUUGAUCGAGAGUACUAAGGAUGCCUUGAGUUUGUGGUUGGAUAAACAGGUCCGUGAUUGGUUUGGAACGUCUCAUAUCGGUCGCUGCUGAACUGACAGCUUCUUGGAGUGCUCGAUUGACUUGACAGUUUGGCGAUACGGUCACUGAUCCCGCCAUCUUUCGGGACCUCGCCGCGUAUUGGGAAGAUUCUUACUUCAAAUCCAUGGCCGCAUUGCACGUCGAGCGACCAACGACCUUGACUCGCGUAUCGGAGUACAUCCCCGAAAUCGUCAGUUUCGUCGAAGGGAUCGUCGCUCGAGGGUUCGCUUACGAAGCCGGUGGUUCGGUCUGGUUCGACACGGCCAAAUUCGAAGGUGCGCCGGGCGAUGAAGAGUGGCGUCAUACCUACGCCAAAUUACAACCUUGGUCCAAGGGGAAUCGAGAACUGCUCGAAGAUGGGGAAGGUUCCCUCACGAGUGGUUUGGGCAAACGUUCCGCAUCGGAUUUCGCACUUUGGAAAGCUUCCAAACCUGGAGAACCGGCUUGGGAAUCCGGUUGGGGUCCCGGUCGACCUGGAUGGCAUAUCGAAUGCAGUGUCAUGGCUUCUGCGGUCCUAGGACAAGGUAUGGAUGUUCAUUCCGGUGGUGUCGACCUCGCUUUCCCCCACCACGAUAACGAGAUCGCCCAAUCCGAAGCCUUCCAUAACUGCCGUCAAUGGGUCAAUUACUUCCUCCAUACGGGCCAUCUCCAUAUCGCGGGGUUGAAGAUGAGCAAAAGUUUGAAGAACUUCAUCACGAUCGAUGAUGCGUUGGGGGAUACACUCAAGUAUUCGGCGAGGCAGUUGAGGUUCGCUUUCUUAUUGCAGACUUGGAAUGCCAAGUUGGAUUUCACGGAUACGGGCAUGCAGGAAGUCAAGGGGUUCGAGGUCAAAUUGAACGUGAGUAUUCUGCUGCCUUGGGAUUCAAUUUCCUCAUAUUGACCCCCGUUGUUUUGGUUCUCAGAACUUUUUCGACGCCGUCAACGCCCGUCACUCCGAAGCCAAAGCCAACUCCGUCGCCUCCGAUGGCCAACACCACUUUUCCACUCCCGAACUAACCCUCCUCAGUGAAUUAGAACAAGCCCAAAUUGACUUCCGUCACGCAAUGUGCGAUUCCUUCGAUACACCGAAAGGAAUUCAAAUCAUCCUUGAGCUGGUGUCGAAGGCGAACGUGUACCUUGCGAAACCGCGGAAGGAGGUGAACGUUUCGGUUGUGGUGUCGGUCGCGGAAUGGACAACGAGGAUGCUGAGGAUGUUUGGGUUGGGGGAGGGGAGUUCGGUGGAUCCUGUUAGUGGGGAUAGGAUCAUCGGAUGGGGUAUGGCCGUCGUGCCUGGUGAGGAGGCACAAGUUGAUGUGAGUGGGUGACGAGAGUUUCCCGCAUCGUGGGAAGACCGAAAAGCUGACUAGGGAUUCUCGCGCCCGCCUUUCAUAAUAGAAAACGACCCUUCUGAUGCCUUACCUCCGAGCCCUCUCAACCUUCCGCGAUCGGAUUCGUAAACUCGCCAUCGAAGGUGCCCCCGUCUCGGCCAUGCUCCAACUCACCGACCAAUUACGCGACACCGAUCUCGUCGAUCUGGGCGUCGCAUUGGACGACCAAGACGACGGUCAAGCCUUGAUCAAACUCGUCGAUCCUUCCACACUUCGAGAAGCGAGGGACGCGAAAUUGGCGAUUCAAGCGGAGAAGGAAGCGAAGAAAGCCGCUACUUUGGCGGCGGCGGAACGAAAGAGGAAGGAGAAGUUGGAGAAAGGCAGGCUGGAUCCGAAAGUCAUGUUCAGGACGGAGGAAUACUCCGAGUGGGAUGAACUGGGGUUGCCGGCAAAGGAUAAGGAGGGGGUCGAGUUGCCCAAGUCGAGGAGGAAGAAGUUGCAAAAGGAGUGGGAUGCGCAGAAUAAGUGA